AUGAAGGACGCAUGGGAUACUAUUAUCGACAAGGAGUUCUGGACGCGUGUUGGGACGGUGCUCGACGUGCUUCGUCCGGUCUACAAGCUGUUGCGGAAUGUUGACGGCAAUCAGGAGGUGAUGGGCAAGAUCUAUGACAACAUGUUUGAUUUGGAGGACGCGGUGAAGGAGGCGUGUAAGGAGCUGACCGAGGAGGAGAAGGAGGAUGCGACCGACAUCGUGCGGAAUCGGUGGAACGACGACAUCAACUGCGCGCUUCACGUGGCUGGACGGAUUCUGUACCCGCCAAACCAAUACGAGUCAAUAUUCGGAACGGACGUGGAGUGUACCAAGAUCUUCAAGCAAUUCAUUCGCAAUUACUACAAGGGUGAAUUCGUGAAAGUGGGAGGGGUGAUGGCGCCACUCGCAACCAUCGUCGAAAAGGAGGUCUUGACGUACACCAAGGGGAAGGGAGACAUUGGGGGGCAGAAAGCGCGUGAUGAGCAUGAACUCAUCAAAGCUAGGCUUUUGGAUUCAGCGCAUUGGUGGGAAUUCAAUGGCACGGACGUGCCCCACCUCUCCAAGCUUGCAAGGAGAGUCCUCUCGCAAUGCGUCUCGGCCUCCCCUUGCGAGACGAACUGGGCUGUUUGGGAAUCAAUCCAUACAGCUCGUCGUAAUCGCCUUGGAGCGAAACGCCUUGCCGAUCUGGUGUACGUGAGCCACAACUAUCACACUGUGAAAAAGUUGAAUGAGGAUCUUGCUAAGAAGCUUGUGGUGAGUGGGCUUCCUGUGGUGCAAGUUAAGGAGGAACCUACUGACAGCUACGGGCAUCUCGAUGACGACGACAUCCCUGAUGAGGCAUAUCUUGAUGGCCAGGAAGCGGAAGAGCCGAAGGAGUGA